AAAGAAUAGAAGAUAGUUGGGAGUCAUACACUGCUUCCGAUGGCAAUUCCGUGCAGCUUCCACCUAAAAUAAUUGACAUGCUUAAAAAUGACAAAUUCGUACCUGAACCACGCAAUAAUUUCGUAACUGCCUUCCAGAACCUUCAAGUUUCCCAAUCAAUUAUCCUACCAAAUUUCGGCCAGAAACCUAAACAUUUUGCUGAAGGCUAUCAAGGAAACACACUGUUUAUUACUCAGCAGAUGAUUGACAUAUGGAAUACUCUUUCAGCAGAUCAAGAGCGUUCAAUCAAACGUGUUCUUUCAGGUCCAAUGGGUGUGGGUAAAUCAUAUAUUUCCUACUUCCUUGCAUCCAAAGCUUAUGCUGAAGGUUGGCUGAUGCUCUACAUCGCAGAUGCAAACGAGCUAAAUGAACGCGAGGAAGAAAAAGCGGGAGAGGUGAUUUGCAGAUACUUCAUAGCACAGAACAAAGAUAUCUUGACUGCCGCCGAGCUUGGGCAGCUUGUGCAAUAUACUAAUCGUUAUUCUGUUGAGGUUGCCGCCACCGGGGAAAUUUUGGGGAAUCUACUCAAACAAGUAAAUCGCAAAACUCUCUUUAUUGUUGAUGAACAUGGUGCAUUAUUUGAAAAUGAAAUAGUACCUAAUAGACUUCAGAUUUUAAAUCCUCUGAUGAACCUUCCCUAUUGGGGAGAACAUUAUAAAGGUGUACGUGUAAUCUUUACAGGAACUGCACAUGCUAAAUAUGAGAGGACACACAUGCAAAAUGGUCAGAGGGAAUGGUGGAUUAUCUAUGUUGGUCCAUUACAGGAUGAUGUAUUUGACGCAUUGUUGCAGAUGCACCCAAUUCUGAAGAUACCAAGCAUCAAAGAAGAAGUGAAAAAGGUUACGAAUUGUGUGCCGCGUGAACUCAUUCACUUAGCUGAAUAUGUUAACAAGCUCAGUAUUACUAGUAUCGAUGUAAACACCUUUAAACGAGUAGUAAAAGGUUUUGAGGAUCAACGAGUUGACAAGAUUCUGAUUAUUGCUCAAAAAUAUUAUAAUGAUAUUCCGAAAAAUGAAAAAAACCGUUACUAUGCCGCCCUCACAAGCAUGUUUGUUCCCAGCAUACCCCCUGUGCAAUUUGAAUGGAAGUUCUUAGAUCUUGGGUUAAUUUAUCGGUACAAGGAUAAUGUUAUUCAUUACCACCCUCUAUGCCGAUCUGCUCAGAAAGCCCUAUUAAAAAUGUAUAUGUCAUUUGACCUACCCGAAAAUAUAAGAAAUCAACUCAGGAUAGGAGAGCUGACCGGAGAUCAAUUUGAAGAAGCCUUGUUCAAUCGGUUUGUGUGCAGGUCUAAUACAACAACACUCCUCGAAGCAACGGAUCUCAAUAACCGGCCAACUAGUCCUGUUAAGAUCAUGUUUGAAGACUAUGCAGUAAUCAAGAAUUCUGGCUUAUCCCUUGGACCUGGUUAUGAUAAAGUCUUAGGUCGUGGUUUUAAUGGAUACCCCCGAUUUGAUUACAUGCUCGGACCGAUGUUCAUACAAGUAUCCAUCAGUGAUUUCCAAGCACACAAUAAAGCACAAUCAAACAUCAAGAAUGCAUUCAAAAGGCCAAUGGAUAGACUAUCCAGUAUUUCUAUUUCGCAAAUUGGUGGAAGAAACCAGAUCGAGAUGUAUUUGGACGAGAUGUAUGGUUCCGGUCAUAUUGCUGACAUAGAUCUCAGUACCCACAGAUUUGUUGUUACUCGAAAUAAGCAGCCUGUGCCUGGAUUCUGUAUAGUCUAUAUUCGAGGUAGUCCCGGCACUCCCAAUCACUCGGGAAAAGUUC